GUGAGUAUCUCUCUCUUUGCCCUCUCAGGUUCAAUUCUGAAAAGUCUCACCCCUUUUCAACUUUUUUGGUCAAAUUUCACACAUUUCCAAUUACAGAAGGAAACACAAACACCCAUCUCAGCUUUGAUUAUCAACAAUCUGUUCACUUUCAGUUUAGGGCUUUUCCUUCUCUGUAAAGGGUAUUUCUCCAUUUCUCUCCGUCAUGGAGUCUGCACUUGCGGUCUUGUCUUAGUCAAGGAAUGCGUUGAAGUAAUUCAUCCUUAAGGCACUGCUUCAAAAAAUAUAAUUCAAUGGCACGAAAGGGUAGUCAGCAGAAGAAUGGGGUGGAUCGCCGCUCAUCAAAUCAUAAAAGGAAGGGUCCAGAUUCAGUUUCUGCAGUAUCAGAUGCAAAAGGAAGGGAAAAAACAAGUGAAGUAAAGGUUUUUCCCCAAGAGGAAUUGCCAAAUGGUAACCAUCCAGGUAGUCCUCUCACUGAGCAUGUGAACAAACCCCAUCAUGAAGAAAAUGAGAAUAAACAUAAGCCAGACCUUGAGAAAUCCAUUAGGACAACAGACAUGCACGGGAUUGAUGCAGUGGUGGGUCUCAACCAAUCAAAUUUAUCUGAGAAUAGUUCAGGCGAUUGUAUCAAAGAUGUAUCAUCAAAGGAAGCUCCUCUAGAAAGAGAAGAAACAGGAACGUUGCCUGGUGGCAACCUUGAACCAAAACAUAUGAAAGGAUUUUUCAGCUUGUUCCAGAGUGUUCUGCUUAUGAAAAAUGCUGUUCUGAAUCUACAGUUAUCCAAUAAUUUGAUUGUAAGAAAUUUGACGACAUCAGCUCUGUCAGCCUUAAAAACAUGCAGUGAGUGGCUAGAAAGGCAGAGGCCAUUUUUCAUAUCACUGAGAACAAACAUAUACAAUGCUCGAGAUCAUGUCAAGCUGAAGAUUGAGCAAAUAUAUCCCAUUGUUUUGAAGUGGCUUCUGCAUUUUGGGAACAUCAUCCUUCUCUUAUUGAUGGUCUGGCUGGAUUGUACUCUUAGGGGCUUAGAUUCCUUCAUACGCAUGGGGACAACAUCUUUUUUCUCAGUUAUAUGGUGCAGUAUUUUCUCAGUUUUUGCCAUGGUUGGGAUUCUCAAGUUUCUUUCAGUCUUGGCCAUAGCUGCUCUGACAGCAGUUUUUAUUGGGUUUACCCUUGCAAUUUUGGUAGUUGCCAUUUUUGGAACUCUUUUCCUGUGGUUCUAUGGAAGUUUCUGGACAACAUUGCUUGUCAUCUUUCUUGGAGGGUUAGCAUUCUCCUUAAGUCAUGAGCGCCUUGCUCUAUUUAUCGCAACUGCAUAUUCUGUAUAUUGUGCUUGGAUCUAUGUUGGAUGGCUUGGUUUGCUUUUGGCUCUGAACCUAUCUUUUAUCUCAAGUGAUGUAUUGAUAUACUAUCUGAAGAAUAACGUCAAUCAGCAUGGGAGGCCUGGUGGGCAACCUGAACAAGGUAGUGGAAUGCAUGGUCAACCUGGCUUCUUCAAUGGUGAGUCUUCAUUCUCUGAAAAUGGCCCAGGUUUAUCCACAGAUCGUGGCCCAGGGGUACCUUCAACUAGUGGGGUCGAUACUGAGAUAACUUCUGAAGAUGAAGUUGUUCGGUUGUUGAAUUGUACUGAUCAUUAUUCUGCAUUGGGCUUGUCACGGUUUCAGAAUAUUGAUGUUAAUUUACUCAAGAGAGAAUAUAGAAAGAAGGCAAUGCUGGUCCAUCCUGAUAAGAACAAGGGUGAUGAAAAGGCUGCAGAAGCUUUUAAGAAACUUCAAAACGGUUAUGAGGUCUUACUUGAUUCCUUGAAACGAAAAGCAUAUGACGAGGAGCUCAGGAGGGAGGAGCUGCUAAACUAUUUUCGUAGGUUUCAAAGUGCUUCUCAAAAGAAUGGGCGGCAUGGCCUUUUUGCCUCUGGAUUUGCUCAGUCAGAGGCUGAUGAUGAGGGACCCUUUGGAGAGUCCAGGCGAAUUGCCUGCAAAAAUUGUGGAAAUUGUCAUGUCUGGGUGCACACCAAGAAAUCAAAAUCUCGAGCAAGAUGGUGCCAGGAAUGCAAAGAUUUUCACCAAGCAAAAGAUGGAGAUGGAUGGGUUGAACAAUCUUCCCAACCCUUCCUUUUUGGGAUAUUUCAGAAGGUCGAUGCUCCCUCUGCAUAUGUUUGUGCUGAUAGCCAGAUUUAUGAUGCUACUGAGUGGUAUAUUUGUCAGGGAAUGAGAUGUCCACCCAACACGCAUAAGCCAAGUUUUCAUGUCAACACUAGUGUCAUAUCCAAGCAUGGUACCGGCAAGGGAUCGAGUUCGGGACAGAGAGGUGGCAAGAUGCCAACUUCUAAUGUGGAAGAAACCAUGACAGAGGAAGAAUUCUUCGACUGGUUACAGAAUGCAGUUCAAGCAGGCAUGUUUGACAAUGUUAGUGGCAGCACCUCCGCAGAAAAUGCAUCAAGCAGAUCCGGAAACUUCAAAGGCAGCAGUAGCAAUAGCGGCAGUGGAAGUGGGAACCGGAGGAAGAAAAAGGGAAAGAAGCAAUGGUAGCCAUUUACUCAAAUUUCUCCCUCAAAUGACUUAUAGUAAGCAAUUUUUAGGGCCUAAAAUGAUUAUGCCUUAGGAAAACUUGAAUACAGUCCAAGGUCUUUUCAAGCAACUAGAUUGGAUAGAAGCCCCUGCUUAUAUUACAGAGAUUUUGUAUAGCCAUCGAAUUUUCAAUUUUGCUUUCUCUAUAUUUUUUAUAUUUCGGAUCCCAUAAUAUGAAGCAUCUUAUCUCUUUAUUCACCUCACCCACAGGUCUCUUGAUUUA